ACCAAUCCACUGAGGUCAUGAAUCUACCUAUGUCUAUGGCCUAUGGCGGCGUGUGUUGUCAAGACCAGCUGCUUUCCGGGUCUUCAUCUUCAGAAAAAGAAUGUAAUUCAUUUUUUGUGUUGUGCCAUGGCAUCGGCGUCUGGAACCGCUGGUCACUGGAGCAAAGGCCUUUUGGCGUCCAUGAAUGAUCCUGAAGCUGUCAUUGAUGCUGAUGAAGAUUUAGUAACGAUCAAAGAUAAAUAUCCGAAGGCAAAAUUUCACUUUCUCAUUCUCCCAAGAAGGAAAAUACCAAACUUGAAGAGUCUGACAAGAGAAGACCUUGAUCUACUCGAAAAAAUGCACCAAAAGGGAGAGAAGAUAGCUAACCGGGCAAAUGAAGAACUGCAGUUCAGGUUUGGAUACCAUGCUGUACCGAGUAUGAGUCACCUUCACAUGCAUGUCAUCAGUCAAGAUUUCAACAGCCCCUGCUUGAAAACAAAGAAGCAUUGGAACUCCUUUGUUACAGAUUAUUUUGUCGACUCAAAAGCUGUAAUAAAGAGUAUACAGAAGCAUGGCCAGUGGAACGUGAAUAAAGAAGAAAUGGAUCAACUGCUGAAACAAGACUUAAAGUGCCAUAUAUGCAAGAAAAUGUUUCGGACAAUACCAGAGCUCAAGGCACACAUUGUCUUUCAUGAUGUUACUAAGCCAAAGACGAGAUGACAGUGUCCCUGCGGUCAGCCCUGUGUCCCUGUGUGUGUGAAGAAACUUUUCGUUGUGAUCAUUUGCAAGCUUAAUAAAAUGUUAUCUUUACAAGU